AUGUCUGGCAUGACUCCCGUCACCGCCGCUGGCGCCUGUCCUCCUGCUGGUCCCUACACCCAGGCGAUCCGCGCAAACGGCCAGGUCUUCAUCUCCGGCCAAAUUCCCGCCGACGCCUCUGGGAACCUUGUCUCGGGUAACAUUGGCGAAUUGACCCAGGCUUGCUGCAAUAACAUCAAAGCUAUUGUGGAAGCUGCUGGAUCCAGCGUGAGCAAGAUCGUCAAAGUGAAUGUCUUCCUAACUGAUAUGGCCAACUUCGCGGAAAUGAAUGCUACCUACGAAAAAUUCUUCACCCAUAAGCCUGCCCGUAGCUGUGUUGCUGUUGCUCAGCUACCCAAGGGUGUCCCAGUGGAGAUUGAGUGCAUUGCCUUGGAGUAA